AUGUCCAGUUACCAAGCCGAGGCUUACCACGAUAUUCAUACUCAACCUCCACAAUCUUCACACUAUCCAAUCAUUCAACAACCACCACAACCAUCAGCAAAUAAUUACCCACACUCUACCUCUUAUUUUGCCCAUGAUCAAUAUUCAUACAUUCCAUCUCAACCUGCUUUGAAAUCAUCACUCAAAGAUUUAGUGAUGCCUUUCAAAUUACAACGUUUUAUUGGAGGAUCUCUCUCAUCAUUAGUUUUAAUUUUGAGUUAUGUCUUGAUGGCCAUCUUUUUAAUUUAUUGGGUCGUGAGUUUGAAUGUGUUUUAUUAUAGUUCCUUUAGUCCAGUCUACGCUACAUUCAUCUUGUUGAUUUCAUUGGUGGUUUCGGGAUUGAGCUUUUUGUUUGGGGUGACCUUUAUGAGAAUGUUGGUAGAAUUGUUUUUGAGUGUCUAUGAGAUGAGAGAAAAGCAAUUGAAUUCAUCUUCUCAUCAAGUUUAA